AUAGUUACUGAAUUGUUUUAUGAAAAAAAUCUCCAAACCAAACCAUUACCUAUUUGUUGUGAAUUUAAACUAAACUCAAGGGGUUCAUAAAAAAGGCAGCCAUGACUAAUGAGAUGCGGAGAGAGGAUAAAUGUGAUAAUACUUUGACUGAGGACAAAUCAGAUGUAAAUCCGAAGGAAAAAAUCAACUACAGAAGGUUAUGUGUUAGAAAACGAAAAGGUUUUUACCCAAAUAGUAUUCCCAAAGAAAGAGGGUGUAACGCUAAAUAUAUUUCUAUAUGCAUCUCUUUACUUCUAUUUAUAGGUGACUGGUUUACCAACUCAAGUUCUUUUGCAGCAUGUUUCAUGCACUACACAAGUGGAAUUAUAUUUUCAAUAAUUCUCCAACUCAUAUACAGAGUUGUAUUAAUUUCCGAAGAAGGCAGGCAUUUAGAGUCUCGAUAUGAUGGAAAAAUUAAGAAGUUAUUAAAAGAUGCUUUUCAUUUUAAUUUCCAUAUCUGGUUGGUGUUUUUUGUCUGUACUCUAUAUUGCAUAUCUUAUUACAUUAUGCAUGGUCUGCCUUUUACCAUAAUUAAUGUUCAAAGACUUGUUCUUGCUUCUAUAAGCAUUUACCUUUUGGGAAAAGUUCUGAAAUUGUCCGACAGUCCUUUAAAUGAUUCCUUGUGGGUAGCAGAAGACAAUGGUUUAGACUAUGGAUCUGGUAUGGCUUAUUCUUUCUUCCAUGGUUACUUAAACUAUGUAUUACCCAAUACUGGCGGAGAGGAUAAAAACCUGAAAGAAAUUAUGACAGAUUUCGAAAGUAAAAAUGGAAUAAAAUUUGAAGUUUAUAAGCUAUUUAUUUUGGUACCUAAGUCCAUGAGAUGCCCUGUUAGUUUGGAAAAUGAGUAUUCACCAUCCAUACAAGAAAGCAGAUCACUCGAGGAAAAAAUUAAAACUGUGGCAGGCGUCAGAAAUCGAGUUUACAAGAACGCUGUUUACAAAAUUGUUUCCAAAAAUGGGAAUCGGCUCUACGUGUCUGCUGAAUAUGCUACGCCACUGAAAACAUUCGCGAAUGUUUGUAAUGCUCGUGGAGUUCAUGCAGAAUCCUAUGAAAAACUCAAAAUGGAUAUAAUUUCAAAAUUCUAUUUAACGCUAAUAAGAAUAUUGGAUGAUAAUGGAUUGAACGAACUUUGUGAAGUCAUAUACUUUGAAGAUUCAUAUAAAAAUUCAAAUGGAGAGUUGUGUUACUAUGAUGUUGGAGAAAUAAUUCGAUCAAGAAUCAAAGAGCUAAAGAAGCAAAAGAAUGAUUAAAUCUUAGUAAUUGAAUCUUCUUUUAAGUUUUAACAAUGUUCUUCUGUAUUUGUAAGGUUCGGGGAGAGUAGGUUGCCCCACAGCACUUUGACCUCACUUGGUCCAUUGUGCAUCCUCCAGGGGCACAUAGUCUCUCAGAUUAUCAAAGUCCUAUAGGCUAAUAACGCUGAGAGGUGGCCAUUUGGUGGGCUUCUACCACCCCGAUGGUAAAUGUCCAGGUUGUGCUUCACAGGGUGAAAACACUAUUGGAGAGUGUAUAACUACUCCUUUUUUGUUUGUUUUAGAAUCUUUAGUUUUUAUAUUUCAACCGUUCAUUUUUAUUGGAAAGAAUAUGAUUGUAUUGACAAAAUUAGAAAUAAUUCGUUUAUUUCUGAAAUUAAAUGUGACGCUGGUUAGUCUAUUUGAUUCAAAGCAGAAACAAAUUUUAAUUUGUUGUCUUGCAGAUUAUUUUGUGUUUCGAGUUGUUCAUUCCAAAUCAAUCUGAUUUGUCAAAUUUAUAUGAAAGAAUUACGAGAUUAUUGUUCAAUACAAAAAUGUGAAAAAUUAUUUUGACAUUUCAAUUCGUUUCCAAGAAAAUCGACCAUAACUGCCAUCGUUUGGAGAUAUACAGUGCUAGAAAGUUCAAACCUUCACUCCUGCUUUGCUUGUGUUGGAGUGAAUAGUAAAUGGCCUUCACAUGUGCGAAGAGAAAUCGAUUUUAUCAUUUAUAAGUCGGAAACGCUCUAGCUACCGCAGACUCGACCUGUGACUGGCAACAUUGAUAUUGUAUCAUUUUUUUCCUGCAUAUGUGAACUCCAUUUACUAUUCACUUCAACACAAGCAAAGCAUGACUGAAGGUUUGAUCUUGCCAACACUGUAUAAGAACGUUGUUUAGCAACCUUGCUAGGCAACGCAUUUGAAAUGUAUACGUCGAUUCCGAAACAAUCUAUAAUAUCUAAGCUAAAUAUGUAAAAAUGUAUGCAAUAUUUGUAAUUUUGUAGAAUAAAUAAUUAUUUUCUUUCCAAUAAAAUAUUGUAAAUGGAUUCUAAAGCAAAAAAAUAGACUUGAUACUACCUAUUCGCUUCAUCAUUGAGGCCAUAACUCAUUGGGUACACCGUUUUUGGUUUUAAAAUAUGGUGUUAAAAUUCAAUGAGAUACAUUUUAAUACAUAAUCACCUUUUUAUUAGUUAUUUUAAAGUACAGAUUAUCUUUUGACGAUAAAAUAAUAGUUUUGUAAAAUACAGGGUGUUUCCGAACUUGGCGUCCAAAUUUGUAGGUAGUUCGCAUAAUUUGAGAGCG